CGAAAGGACCCCAGCAGAUCGCCACAAUCACCCGUGAAAUUGAAUUAGCACGAUGGUUAUGGAUCUCGCUAUCAAAAAGGAAAACACGGUUUUCCAGUCGGAGGCAGAAUCAGUCGGAACGUACACAGAUUUUACAAUCGAGCGAAUUCUCAAACCGGAUUUUGGAUGUAGGAAACGUUCUUUGAAUACUGGGGUGGUUAGGGUGGACAGGUCCAUCCCCACCCUGACACCUCCCCUCGCAAGACAGGAGAGGCAGAUUGCUAAGAACUCCAAACCACAUCAACCUAGAUUAGAAGUUGUCGAAAAACCGAAAAUAGAACUUCCGGCUUGGGUCUUUUGUACUCGAUAUUCUGACAGGCCGUCAUCAGGACCGCGAUGUCGGCGCGUCAGAAAAAGCAAAGACAGAAGCGAGGAGGACAAACGACCGCGGACGGCGUUCUCAACGCAACAACUACAACGUCUGAGACAGGAGUUCGACCACAACCCGUACCUCACCGAACAGAGGCGUCACUUCCUGUCACGUGAGCUGGGCCUCAACGAAUCGCAGGUGAAGAUCUGGUUCCAGAACAAGCGCGCCAAACUGAAGAAGUCGACCCCGGACCAGAACGACCUGGCCUUGAAACUAAUGGCGGAGGGACUUUACAACCACAAGACCAUCGUCUUAAAGGACGAUGAUAAUUCAAACGGUGGGGAAUCGGCGUAAAGAAAAAGAGUCCCAACACACUGUUGAAAUAACAAUCCAGAAACUUUAUUUAUGAAAGAGAGAGAGAGAGAGAGAGAGAGAGAGAGAGAGAGAGAGAGAGAGAGAGAGAGAGAGAGAGAGAGAGAGAGAGAGAGAGAGAGA